AUGUUGAAAUCUAGCCCGACACAGAAUUUGGUGAAGCUUGAUGGAAGAACAGGAGAAGGGGGAGGCCAAGUUGUCCGGGUCGCCGUUGCGUUGGCGGCCUUGACCAGAACACCAAUAAGGGUUGAUAAUGUGAGAGGGAACCGACCAGGACAUGGCCGAACGGUAAGGGGUGGUGGUCUGAAAGCUCAGCACGUCGCUUGCAUUCAGUGUCUGGCCGACGCUACGGACGCUGAUACCAAGGACUGUUUUAUUGGAAGCGAGUCCUUCGAGUUCAAAGCAAAACUAUCCCCAGAAGCUAUCAAGCGCCGGAACAUCACAGUACAGGCGAAUUCCGCCGCGAGCAUCCUCUUGGUCUUCCAGGCCACUCUGCCAUUCUUCCUCUUCGCUGGGGACGAAAGAAAUUCUCCCAUCACACUUACUAUUCAGGGUGGCACCAAUGUCAGCUUCUCCUUAUCAUUCGAGUAUCUGGAUCAAGUCCUAUUGCCAGCUCUGGAGAGGUUCGGAGUCAGAGUAGAAAGAGAAUUGGAGCAUCGAGGCUGGUCUCAUGGGAGUCUACAAAUUGGAUCAGCCAAGUUCACGAUCACCCCUCUUCCGCAAGGAGAAUCGCUCAAACGGCCUGACUGGCCAUUGGAAAAAGGCGAAAUUACCAGGAUUGAUGUUUCAAUUCUCGUGCCCAAGGACAUUCAGGAGCCCCUUAUGAAGACCCUCAAGUUUGAGCUUGGCCUGGUAUUUCCUGGUGUCGAGAUCAACUUUCUCUUGGUUGAUAACAGCAAACAUCGUGCUAGAAAUUACACACUUCUAGUUGCUCAUACAUCGAAUGGCUUACGCUUCGGCCGAGACUGGCUGUAUGAUGGAAACACUAGAAACAAAAGUGCAGACGAUCUUGCGGCCGAAAUAGCUGCAAGAGUUGUGAACGAUCUCGAUGCAGAAAUCAGAAAAGCGGGAGUGGUGGAUGAGUAUUUACAAGAUCAGCUCGUGGUUUUCCAAGCACUUGCGAGUGGAGAAUCGAGUAUUCCUCGGACUGCAGAGGCUCUUACUUCAGACAAGGAAUCAUUAGACCGGACGGACGAACCCUUUGGCGACGGUAGCAUGCACACAACGACUGCUAGAUGGGUUGCCAGUCAACUGCUUCCCCGGGUCAAAUGGAUCGAUGGAGGCCGUAUCUGUCACGGAGCAGCUUGGAAGACAUCACGAGCUGAAACUUCAAUAGAAGAGCCGUUAGAUGGUAUGCAUAUCAAAUGA